GACAAAAAUGUGUGGUUGUUAUUGGUUGUUGGCGAAACUGAAAACAAUUGUCUUUGACAAGUGUUUGAGAGAGGAAUAAGAAAAUAGAAAGUGGUGGUGUGUGAAGUUACGUGUUGAGAAUUGACAAGCUAUUCUUUUUCGGGAAUUGUGAACUAAAUAUGCCAUGAUAUAAUUUUGCCACUUAUUUCUCGGCACCUCAACACAGUAUUUUUUUAUUUGUUAUUUUGUGGUCUCUGUUGACCUCUGCACAGUGUUGGGUGAUUUAAAUUGAAAACCAACAAUGGAAGAUAUUGUAGACAAAUCCGUAGGAUGCGAGCACUACAGAAGGAAAUCAAAAUUCGUUACGCCGUGCUGCGGCAAGGUGUACGUGUGCCGGUUCUGCCACGACGAGUGCGAGGCCCACGUGCUGGACCGCAAGGCCGUGUCGGAGCUGGUGUGUGCAUGCUGCGGCGUGCGCCAGGAGGUGCGGGAGACCUGCGAGAACUGCUCCGUGCGGUUCGGCAAGUACGCCUGUCUGGAGUGCAAGCUGUUUGAUGACGACGAGAAGGAGCAGUACCACUGCGACGGCUGUGGCAUCUGCAGGGUUGGCGGGCGUGACAAGUACUUCCACUGCUCCCGCUGCAACAUGUGUCUGCCCAGGAAGCUGGUCGACAACCACAGGUGCAUAGAGAACGUGUCCCGCUCGAACUGCCCGGUGUGCCUGGAGCACAUCCACACGUCUCGCAUCCCGUGCCACAUCCCGAGCUGCGGUCACCUGCUGCACCGGCCGUGCUUCGAGCAGAUGGUGGCCGCGGGCAUGUACAGCUGUCCCAGCUGCGGCGUCUGCCUCUUCGACAUGUCCAGCAUGUGGCACUACCUGGACAACGAAGUGGAGAUGACGCCGAUGCCAGACGAGUACGACAGCUACAUGGUCCAGAUCCUGUGCAAGGACUGUCACCAGGAGUCGGUGGUGAAGUUCCACGUGGUGGGGCUGAAGUGCACGGCUUGCGGCUCGUACAACACGUGUCGCGUGAGCGACUGCGCGGAGCCGCGUCGUGCUGCUUGCAGACGUGGAGGCCGCUGGGGCCGGCUCCUCGGACGCGGCGGGGGCCUGCGGGGACUCCCAGUAGCCGGCACCGAGGGGCGUGCAGGUCGUUCCGUUCGCUCCGUCGCUUGAUGACGUGCUCCAGAAGGAUGAACGUGGAUGGCGUGAGGACUCCAUGACAUGUCUUCUGUCUUCGCAGCAGCACUCCACUUGUCUAGAAGCAUAUACAAAAUUACGUAAACUAGGCAUGUGUUAGUAUAAGUAUUAGAUGUUGACUGUUCGCCUUGUUGUGGUAGCUGAAAGCAUGGCAUGUGUGCAGUGGUGAAAAAAAUUAGUGACUAUACCAUGUUUUACCUUGUAAUGUUUGCCCAAUUUUAUACAUAACAUAUUUCAAAAUGCCCCAGAUUCUGCUAGAUAUAAUGAAAAAAUGAAAAAGAUAACACAAAUUAUUCAUCAAUUAUCUUUCAAUCAGUUCCACUUUAUGCUCUUUAUUUGUAGUACAUGUUUUCUGGUUAGUGUUUGAAAUGCUUUUCUAUUCUGGAGUUCUCUAAUUAUUUUAAAAUGAACUGACACAUAGAAAAAAAAAAACUUUGUCUGUGUGGAAACUCAAACAGUCUAUUACUACAGCACUUAUACUGCUUGCUGUUUGGUUCUCUUAUGCAUGAACAUUAGAAUGUACUCAAUGUCUUCGUAAGUCAGAGGUCGACCACAAAAUGCACGGUAAUCAAUUGAAAUUAAUAAAAUCAUCAUUCAAUUUAUGCCAUUCGACACGAGCCUCGCAGCAUGCUACAGAGCGAGAGUUGAGUUGGCAACACCGCAUUGCCAAUCAGCUUACGUGAGUUGUGCGAUCGGACAGUCAAACACUUUCUCCAAACUGCGAUGUUCGCGUGUAGCAGUGGUGUCGGGCAAUCAUCGUGAGGUAGAACACGGAGCCAGCCACUUUCUCCAAACUGCGAUGUUCGCGUGUAGCAGUGGUGUCGGGCAAUCAUCGUGAGGUAGAACACGGAGCCAGCAAGUCAUGUGCUUGGUGUAUCGGGGAACUAUGUUACUUUCUUUAUUUCAUAGUGUUAUUGAAGAUGUAGGUUUUAAAAUUUUCUUUAAGUUCGGAAUAGUGAUUGGUCCAUUUUGCCCUUUUCCUUGGUUCUCGGUUCUGUUCAGGUUUCUUGGUUUUGUACAUUAUAUCCUAAAAAAUAGUGUGUUUAUUUGUUUAAUAUGACUUAUCAGUGCCCCUCUUUACCAUAAUCCAAUCACAUCAAGUCACCUAGCCCCGAGGUAGCACUUAGCACGGUUGCUUCACGGUGUCACUAGUGGCUAGAGCAGACUGUACCAACAUAUCUGGCAAUACAUAAGAACAGAUUUUUUCAUUUGGUUUGUUCUCAAUUGUGGCACACCAGUAAAUAUUGUUUGAGAAAAAUGGAAAUUUUUGUUCAUAGGAGAUAAAGUAAAUUAUAAAUUUAAAUAAUAAAAAAAAGUAGUAGCAACACAUCAAAGCGAUUGAAAGUUAUGAAUUUAUUAUAAUGGGUGAGGGAUGAAACCCCAAGUUUUCAGAGGUCUGUGAAGAUUAUAUUAAUAUUGAGUUAUAAGUGAUGUAGUGCUGCAAAAGUAGUAAGUAGCAUAUGGCUGUAGUUAAUGAGUAUUAGACAACUUUGAAUCACAUUAGUUAAUUGUUAAAUUUUUAAGAUAAGUUUUAAAAGUAUAUUGAACCAAUGUUAUAGUGUUCUUCGAAAAGAUCUACUUUUAGUUUGAAUGACAAUCCCUGUCCUAAUGUAAAGAGGGACAAAAAAAUUUUGGGAUCUCAGCCCCAAAAUACCCCUUAUUUACAUUCCGUGCAGUCAUUGGCAAUUAUCAUAGGUUUACGAACCUUUGCUUUCGCUGUCACACAGGAUGCUCUGAGAGCAUCCUUUCACUGCUUGAAGUUCACCGGCAAUAUGCAGCAUCGUUCACCGGGAGUCUGUUGUAUUUCCGCCUGGAAAAGUUUAGCUGUUAAGCUUUCCGUGGUACUGGGAACAUAUUUACACUUCUCGGUGCGAGUUAGUUUGCUGAGAACAAGCGGAACCGAGAACCAGAUUGGGAAAGAUUUUUGGAGUCUUGUUUAGCAGAAUCUCUUUUGAAUGCAUAUGAUAAAACAUUUAUUUAUCAUUGAAGUUGGCUGCUUACAUACUAUUUUUUAAUUGUAACUUUUUGUUUCAUCGUAUCAGAAGGGCAUUUUGUGAACUUAUGAGGGCUUGUGUUCAAGUUAGAACUCCGGCUAUAUUUUAGUGGAAACUUUCAAUGACUAAGCUUAUUGUUUUAAACUUUUGACAAUGAAUGCAUUCUGUUUUUGUUAGACAUGAAUUGGUAAAAGGGAAAAAAAAGUUUGAAUUUUAUUCAAAACAAGUUAAUUUCUAAUGAAGGUUGCUAAUGUAACCUCAUUGUGAUAUUUGUUAUUUUACCAUUCAAUAUUUUUUUUACUUUAUUGAUAUUAACUUCCUGCUUCUAGUCUUUUUUUGCUGUUUGUUGAUAUUUUGUCUAUUUUAAAUUGAUGUAGAAGUUGGCUUGUAAAGUCUGGUUACUUAUUGCAUUGUGAUUGUGCUAUGUACCUGAGAUUAUUUUCCUCGGAGCAGCAUUGUACCUGCAGGUGGUGACAGUGGGCGCCAAACUGUAUCACCAUGUAGAGUUAGGAUGAUGGUAGGUAAAGUAUUGUGUGGAGAAAUGUGUGAUAGAUUUGUGUGGUGUGUGUGGUUCAAAUAACAACUCUUGAAUGUACUAUACAAGAAACCAUACAACCGAGAGAACCAGUAACCACUCGCACAACACAGGACUUGCGGGUAUGACACAGGAUCAAAUACAAAAACAUAUUUGACAUUAACAAAAUAACUUCACACUAGUGUUGGGUUGAUUAUAAUGCUGGAAUCGGCCAAUAUAAUCCAUUCCAAUGGUAUCGAAAGAUGUCGAAUGUUUUUGGAAUUGAAGCUGGUCAAUUUUUCACCUAUAGGACACUUGAAAUUUGGAUUUUUUUAUUGUUAUGUAUUAGGGGCUUCAAAUCUGAUCUAUCAAUACUUGAAAUAAGGAUUUUUGUCUGACUAAUCGAGCAAUUCCCUAUCUAACAUUACACCACUAAUUGGGCAAUUUCUGACUAAUCAGGUUAGUUUGAUUCAUCCGGAUAGUAUUUUUGUGUUUUAUUAUUCAUCCAUGUUUUCACAAAGUGAUCAGAGUGCUGAGCCAUUUCACCAGAAGUCUUGUUUGGUUUAAUAGUUUACGAGGUAACACUGAUCUUUUCAUAACCAUGGCCAAGUGUUAUUGAAACACAUUUUUAUUACAAUUAUUAUUCUGUUGAUAUUUUAACAUGUAAUUAUCCUAUUUUUAAUUCAAAUAGGGAAUACAGUUUUUUCUUACUAUAAAAAUACAGAAAGUUUAAUUUCAGUAGUUGUGAGUAAACAAUAAACAUGUUUUUUGUCUGAGUAUACUAAUCAGGAAUAGUUUAACAAGCAUUAAAGCAAUAUUGUAAAUAGUAUGGAAAGUGGUGAAAUCAGAAUCAAAAUUAAUAUAUAAAAUCCUAAUAGGUAAAAAAAUCAAAACUGGCAUAGGGAUAUUUUUGGAAUUGACCCAACACUACUUCACACAUUUUAUUAAGUAGGUAAUACUUUAUAAAAAUAAUUAUCAUUACACAUAAACAAUAAAUAAAAUCAGUUUAGCUUUUAAACAAGAAAUUAGUCAGUUAUAAAAUAGAAACUGCUAUAUUCAUAAUAAUUAUGUAAAUAUGAUGAGUGUUAAUCAGUUGAACAAGGCACUGUAAAAUGAAAUGAGGGUUUCUGACUAAAAAGAAGCACUGAAGUCCAGCACAUCCACGCGAUAGAGAGAGUGAGAGGUUAUCUGCACCUGCUUCUGGCCCACCAAGCAAUAGGGGACUUGGUCUUACACGGCCGUACAUCAGGCAGAGAAUGUGGAAUAGACAAGAUGAAUACUAGCAAUGUAGAAGUCUAGAUGGUGGGAUAAUGUGGGUACAGUCACCACUAAUGUUUUCCUAAUAAUAAUCAGCUUCUACACAAUGCUGAUUGUCCUAUUUUAAAACCAUUUUCCUGUUUAGACUCAAUCAGAAUGUGACCUUUAUCGACUAGUAACCUCUGUGUUACACUGAUUAAAAUACAAGCAAAAGGUGACACAGCCAUCUUCAAGAUGUAGAGCAGGAAAAAGCACAAUUCAAAGUAUUCCAUACAGGAAAUGCUAAUUUAACAAUCUUUAAAAAAUUUGAUUGAAACAUUAAGAACUUACCUAAAUUUUAAAUAUUUAAGUAAAACCCCAAAGUUAUAGGUUUUUAAUACUUUUCUUGGACAUAAUAAACAAUAGUUGUCAACAAAUCAGAAAUAUGUAGUGUUAAAACUCAUGAAUUAUAUAUUAUUUUUACAAAUAAUUAUUUCAGAAUAAUAUAGUGCCAAAUAAAUAAUGUAUUACAAUCAGAGAAUUUAAAUUAAAAAUAAGGGAAACUAUAAAAGAGUCCAUAGAGUACAUGCACAUGUAGAGUAUACCAAUGUUAGAUGUACACAAAUAGUUGAGAAAUCAAACAAAACAACAUGGCGCCCUGAAAUGCAGUACGUAUACCCUAUUCUUUGAAUAUGAAAUGCUAGACACCAUUCGGAAAGGACACUGUUUGUAGUCCGUGACUUGCCAGCACGAGGGCCGUGGCACACGGACGGCCACGGUCCGUGCCGUGUUCCAACUGCGCGCGCAGAGGAGCCGAGGUGUUGUGCAUCCCAGUUCUCACUCGGGGGGGCAGACACACUCACGGUCAGAUGGCUGCUGUGACGUUCAAACAAAACAUUUGUUGAACUUGAUAUUGUGAUGAUGGAAAAUUAUUGCUGCUUUCUGUUUAAAGCGAACGUUUAGCUCAUUUAAUGUAACUAAUUUGAGUUGAGUUGUGUUAUGUCCUACAUCCCACAAAAAAAUUGAUAUUUUUUUUUUUAAUGUAUUCAAAAUGCAUAUUGUUAUAGCAGUGAUAUUAGAAUUUAAUUAGAGUGUUUCAGUUUUAAGAGUGUUCUGGCUGCUCUCAUUUACGCAGAAGACAUGCGACCGAGGCUACUCUUUCUCGACUCGGGCACGAACAUGUAGUAACACGGAGAAAGUUUCUCCACGUCCUGUGUGCAUGUCACGACCUUGACCUCGCCCCUCUGGCACGGACCAACGUGCUGGCUGGGUCCUGCUCCGGUCCGUGCAACAAGUAGCCAUUAGCCAGCCACACAACUUUACCUUUACACCAUCUUUAUGUGAAGUCAAAGGCUUCAGUAAUUACGUAAUGUGUAUAGAAGGCUGUGUGUGAUUUUUCUCAAUGUUUUGUAUGAUAUUGGUUUUUGGUAAAAGUGUGUAGUAUUUUUAUUCAAAAUAUUGACCAUUUUACAUGAUAUUGUGAUGAGCAAGGAGUUUCUGGAAGAAUAUUAAUAAUUCAUGCAAUUUUACGUUUUCAAAUAGUACCUCAGUAAUGUCUUGUAAAAUAUGAAUUUUAUAAACUGCAGUUUUUUCCUUGUAUUUAUGGUUGUUGGAUUCUCACUUUAUUGUGUUUUUUUGUUUGUAUUUGUUAAACAUUGUCUAUUAGUUGGAACAAUCUUGUAUUGUUAUAUAGUACUAGCCAAUAACCCGUGACUGCUCAUACAAUUUCAGGGUAUUGCUGAUAUUUUACCAUUGUAAAAAAAAUAUGUAAUUUAUUUCAAACAUUAUUACAUAAGAAAUGGACACAAUUAAUUGUCAGGUGCAUAAGAAAACCAUUUAUGAUUUAUAUUUACUAAAGUCAUUGUGCGUAAGCCUUAAUUAAUUUUCUAGUAUAUAUAGAUUAAGUACCUAACUGAUUCUAUAAAAUGCUUUUGCAUGUGACUUUGGAAUGGGAUACAGAGGGGAAUGAAUAAAGAGGGAAAAUCAACUACGUACAAAAAAGAUAGCAGAGUCUGAUUUGUACUGCAGUUUUGUGCUUCAUUGACAUGGUAGAAUCGUGGAAUUUAUAUUAUUUCCCAUUAUUAAUUUAAUGCAGUAUAUUUUUUAAAACAACAUUAUAUGACUAUUAUUUUCUGCCGGGAUGUAUAAGUUUUGGGCAUUCGUUACUCUUGAACAACCAACAUAGAGCUGACCAUGUGAGAAACAUGGAGCGCCCAAAAAUUUCCUUCCACUUUCAAAGUUAGACCGUGGGACCUAUUGUCAUUUUAAAUGUUAACUUCAGCAGGAAUUGUAGCUUCUCAAAUUGUAAUGUCUAUGUAUUGAACAUACUCUGUCCUUGAGCUACUCCGGUCGGUGAGAAUAUACUGUUUCUCCCCAGCUCUGUGAUGCACAGCCUAACAAUCUCGGUGCAUCAAGGUUCCGCAUCAGCCAGCCUUCAGCUCCAGUUUGUGUGAAGGCAAGACGUGACAGACUCACCAAACGAUAUACGUUACAUAUUCAAAGCAAAGCCAUCUGUUGAGCAAAUUCAAAACUGAAAUGUUAUUAUCGCCGUUAGUGUGCUAGCCGCUGCGAGUUUCGCUGAGCGGACGGGUCUCCCCAGAAGGAUAGGACAUGACUGUGUGGCCGACACUCGCUGUCUGUCUGUGACUCACAUAUGAUUUACUAUUUUAAAACUGAUCUUACGUCUAUUUCACUCCUUUAGAGUUGGAAUUUCAUCAUUAUGUGAUCCAAUUAUAGCCAGUCUAAAUAAAAGCAAUCGAGGGCUUUUAGUCUAAGCCAGUGGUCAACAUUCAAUUAAUCUCGUAGUCCUGUAGUAUGUAUGCAAAAAUGUGGUUUUUAUGUCCGGCUCCCGUGAGUAGCGAGAUAAAAUAAAUACUUGUUUUUAGUUUAUAAAAAAAUAAGUUUUUAAACACAACACGUUUCAUAAAAAUCAGUCCAAUAGUUUUUGCGUGAUGCUGGAACAGACAGACAAAUACAGUUUUAUAAUAAUAUAGAUUAAAAACACUAGCUACACUUGCGAGCUUAGGUGACUUGGAAAGUCUUCAUUGUGUUCAUGGCUGCGGGGUGUAUGUAUUUUAUCUUCCCUUCUGCCAGACCUCACGUGAAGAGUUGAGACAUUCUGCUUGUGUGGACACUGGUAGAUGCGUCUGCUUCAUCUGCCCUGCACUAACGCCAUUGUGUGAAUCAUGGUUAACGAUAACUUCUGUUCAGUUGGUUUCUUAGCUCUGCUAUAAAAAAAUACAUGCUCUGAGCACAUGUUGCCUAAUCUAUGUUGCUUUUUUUUUUACUUAUAUAAUUUGUGAGGGUCGUUCUUUAAUGAGUGCAGCUUUCUUGAGGAAUAAGCUCCUACAUGCUAACCACAUACUUUAUUAAAUAACCAGUACAAUGCUGAAAGUAUUCACUCUGCAAGGUUCUUGAAAGAAAACCAUUCCGUUAUUGACAGUGUGUAUUAAUGUCUGCAGUAGUUUCCCUUGUUAGCUGGGACAAUCAGGCACAACUACUCCAGUACGUCAGGUUCCAGUCACGCGGCAAGUAUUUCUGUUCCUUCAGGAGCCCCAGGCUUCUUCAACCAACUGUAACUGCGUGAUUGGGUGUCGCAUAUCUGCCCUAACUGUGUGACGUGUGUCAUUAGCUUUGGAAAGGCAGGGCAUUGGUGGCAAAAGUUUAAUUAUCAACAUGGCUUUGUUUAUUAGGUAAUUGAUUUAUUUAAAAUAUUAAGAACCUAAUGUUCAGUAUGGUUUUAAUAGAACUGCUAUAUUUAUUAGUUUUUAAUCUUUAAAAUUUUUAUUUAUAUAUAUUUUUGAAAUUUUAAAUAUAUUUUAUUUACUAUAUUUUUUGGUGCUGAUUUAAGUUUGUUAUAUAUUUUAUGCUUUACUUGGUUAUACAAUAUAUGAUGUGAAAUUUAACCUUUGUACUUUUAAGUGGGUUUUGUUGAUGUGUAUUGUUUGUUAUUCUGUUUUUAGGGAUACUUAUGAUCUUCAAUAUUCAAAAAAAUUGUUUAUUGUUUACUCUAAAAUGUUUAAAUUUGGUUGACUUAAACGUAAACAUAUCCUGUGGCACGUGGCACGGCCCCCAGCAAAGCAGGUUUCAGAGACCACGCAUAUUUGAAUCGUAACCCGUGGGUAUUGUCCGUGAUUUUGUUGAUUGAUGAUGGUUGAGGAGCAGAGACUCUCAGGCUGCAAAGGAGAGCAAUAAUUGAAACUUGCAUUUAACACUUUUAGAUACUGGCAAAAAUUUACACUGUUUGAAAUUCCUUUGGCUGUUUCACAAAAUUUAAUAAUUUUAUUUUGAAAUUCUUAGUAAAUAUAUUGUAAUUUCUGAAGGAAUACAAGUGUGCUACGUGGCUAGAAAGCUAAAAAGUAACCUAGAAUGCGUGCAUCAGAACACAGCAGUUGGCAGUCGUGUGCAGUGUAGCACACAAGGGUAAGCCAGUCACUUGAGGGCCGUGUCCGUGCAGUUCCUCAGGAGCACGGGCGUCUCAGCCAGUUCAGUUGGCACCGAGUGCUUCUGGCUGCCCCUCCUCAGUUGUCACCCCACAUUUAUUGUUACAGGAAUUUACAAUGAAUGUAUUAUUUUGUUUUUUGUGGGUGAAAAUAAUUCUAUGUAUCUUUUUUUUUAUUAUUGUUUAUUGGAUGUAAUUGUGAACUGGCAGUGAAUGUGUAAUGAAAGAAAUUAAAGUGUUUUUAAAAGAAACCUCUUGUUCCUCCAUUAUGAAACCAAACCUGCAAACUGAGUUCUCGUGUGUACGUGGACUCGGACCACGGACCACCGGACUCCGUUCCCCCGCGUCGUCGCCCACAUGUGGCGUGCUGCUUCCUUCUGCGGUUGUGAAGCACACCGGCUGCUCUCUGGCUGUGGUGUCACGUCAGACACCUACCUGGAGGUCACAAAAUACUCCAGCACUGAACACAAUAUCAAGUAUCAUAAACUGGCAAAAUCACACAGAGAAACACUAUGUGGAAGUAAGUUUUGACGGUGUCGUCCACCUGAAACUACAGUACCUACAUCGCAGGAGCGGGGUGCUCGUCUGUGUGGCGGUACAAGUUACGUACUUCACCCCUUCCAUUUAUUCUGAGAUGUUGGUACAAUAGAUGUACUGCUCAUUUUUAGUGCCCCAUACCACAAUAGGAUAGGUCGCAUCAUGCGUGAAUGACAAGAAUAAAAAUCCAACAAUAGAAUCUGAACGACCUGACAGAAUUUAGUGGGGUUGGUUUUGUCGGCUAGAUAUGUUCAUUACGAAGACCUAGAUGUGCAGUGAAUGUGUAUAGUUUGAGAGGACGGGAGACUGGCAGACACCUGGUAGCUCUGAGCUCAUGUGCACCGCCCCGAUAGGGGGUUACACAGCGCCUGGUCUGCCGGUCUGCCUCCCGAGCUGUGAGGAGACCAGACGCAAUGCCUCAGCGAUGCGCAGACCUGGAGACAACCUACCUCGGGGGAGACGGCUUCGGAACACCCCGUCUCAAUGGUGACCUCUUGUAGCUAAAGACUUGAAUUCUUAAUGAGAUCACAACAGAAUAAAUAAUUAAAAUAUUCUGUAAAAUCUUCAGGUUAUUUUCAAAGAGACCUAAAAAUCUUAUAUUUUUGUCCUAGGCCUAUAAUUGAAUCUUACCGAUGCAUUGACGACGUACCUCCUUGCCCUAAAUUAACCCGGGUCCCAGCCGCGCGGUGUUUGUGACGUCACAUCCGCCGAGGCGAGGCGCUCCGUUGCAAGUCUCUUUGUUUCUGUUUUACUGUUUGUUCUCUUUUGUAUCAUCAUGCGUGGGUUCUGUAGCGGCACUUCUCAGUGCCCUGUGCUUUGAUAAAUUGCUACUGAACUGUAAGUAUCCCUUCACGGCUUAGCUACCAGCCCUCGUACUAGCCUUGUCACACACACGUGUGUGCUGGACCACCCGACAAAAAUUAUUGUUUCGGAAACCAAUAAAAUAUUUUUAUAUAAUUAAUGAAUUUCUUGUAGAAUCAUAACAGCUGGUGGUUGUGUGUUAUGUGUAGUGUGAAUAGAUUAAAUACAAAUUUAGUAAUUUUAAGACAUUUUUUCUCUGACUAUUCUGAAAUCCUAGUGUGUCCCCUCCGAGGUGAACCUCUGGAUCCGCCACUGCCCGCGACAGCAUAUUUUACAGGUUUUUGCAAAACAAGUAUUUAAAACCAAAACUUUUACAAAAUACACAAAAAA